CAAGCCGAACUGGCCAUCUCCUCGGAGAGCCAGUCUGCGCUUGAAAACUUCGGCUCAUGCAUCCUGCAAAGUUAUCAUCCGGCGGCGUUGCAAAUCAAGCUGCAGGUCUGUUUCUUUACUCUGCCCAUCGGGCUGCAAUGUUCCUUAUGCAAUUAUUUGUGCUCUGACCUGCCUGACUGGCUUAACCUCCCUGCAAAUGAUGCAUGCCCAUCUGCUACCAUCGGUCGAAGAAAAUAUUUCAAUACUGGCGCCAAACUUGGUAGUAUAUCACACUCUUGUGCUUCCGAUAGAGAUCCCAUAUGGUCCAGACGUGAGGAUUGUACUCCAUCGUUGCCUACCCAGAUAACGGGAUGUGAUAGGAUCAAAUUGCGAGAAAAGGUCAAAUCUCUCCAUCCAACGAAAGGGCCACAACAGCAUUUUGAGCUUCAUAUGUACAGACACUACAUCCGACGCAAUGACUGUGAAAAGGAGGUUUUUGCUGAGAUCUGGCGGGACUCAAAACGGGCUAAGCCACAUUUGAGCUCCAACAUAAACGUUCAUUUUAAAGAAUUAAAGAACUGUACCCUCGGAUUCGGGAUCAAAUCUACUGUUCGCUUGGAGUAG